AUGUCAAACCUCUCCGUUCCUUUACAGACCCCCAAUGGUCAUAGGUAUAAUCAACCCACAGGGCUUUUUAUCAACAACGAAUUUGUGAAGUCGUCCACUGGGCAGAAGAUCACAUCCAUAAGUCCUUCUUCUGAAGCUGAAAUUGUUUCAGUCUAUGCAGCCAGUGGACAAGAUGUUGACACAGCGGUUCGGGCUGCGCGGAAGGCACUCAACGACAAGUCUUGGAAAUUGAUGUCGGGAACGGAAAGAGGGAAGCUGAUGGCCAAACUGGCAGAUCUGAUCGAAUCCAAGAAGGAACUUCUGGCUUCGACCGAAGCUUGGGAUAACGGUAAACCAUAUGCGGUGGCACUGGAGGAAGAUCUCCCAGAAACCUUCAACACAAUUCGUUAUUAUUCUGGUUGGGCAGACAAACUCCAUGGCCAAGUCAUCGGCGGCAUACAAGGAAAGUUUGCCUACACUAUUCGGCAACCGAUUGGUGUUGUCGCACAGAUCAUUCCAUGGAACUAUCCCCUAUCGAUGGCGGCAUGGAAACUUGGGCCGGCUCUGGCAUGCGGCAAUACAGUUGUUCUCAAACCUGCUGAGCAGACCCCGGUCAGUAUCUUGUUACUUGCCGAACUGAUCAAGGAAGCUGGGUUCCCGCCAGGAGUUGUCAACAUCGUCAACGGCCUAGGCCGCGAGGCUGGCUCCGCCUUGGUCCAGCACCCCGAUGUUGAUAAAGUGGCAUUCACCGGUUCUACGGCUACAGCUCGCGAGAUCAUGAAGAUGGCAGCCGGAACGCUAAAAAAUAUUACUCUUGAGACAGGAGGCAAAUCUCCGCUGCUUGUCUUCAACGACGCCGACCUCGAAGAAGCUGUUAAAUGGUCACAUAUCGGUAUAAUGUCCAACCAAGGGCAGAUCUGCACCUCAACUUCGCGUGUCCUUGUGCAGGAGGACAUUUAUGACAAGUUUGUCGCCGCAUUUGUGGCACACACGAAAAACACUAGUGUUGUGGGUGAUCCAUUCAACAAAGAUACAUUCCAAGGUCCACAAGUCACCAAAUCUCAGUAUGACAAGAUCUUGUCGUAUGUCAAGAUUGGAAAGUCGGAGGGAGCCACGCUCGCUGCUGGUGGCGAGGCACAUCGUGGUGAUGGAGGUAAAGGCUUUUACAUCCAGCCCACGAUCUUCACCAACGUUAAAGAAGACAUGAAGGUCUAUCGCGAGGAGAUAUUCGGGCCAGUAGUUGUUGUGACCAAGUUCUCGGAUGAGGAUGAUGCCAUCAGACGAGCCAAUGAUACUACUUAUGGAUUGGGAGCCGCAGUCUUCACUCGGGACAUUGAAAAGGCGCACCGUGUCGCCGCAGAAAUCCAAGCGGGCAUGGUAUGGGUGAAUAGCUCACAAGACUCGGACUACCGAGUGCCGUUUGGCGGUGUGAAGCAAAGUGGCAUUGGUCGGGAGUUAGGUGAGGCUGGUCUCAAGGAGUACAGUCAAGUCAAGGCCAUCCAUGUCAACAUGACGAGCCGGGAUUGUAAGCUGUAA